AUGGAGGCACGCUUUCUUGUACUCGUCCGUAAUAAUGAAGUCUCGGAAGUAUCUACAGUUCUUGGUGAGGAAAACGUCAGCCCAGAUGUUUCUCUUGACCUCGGGACUCUUCGAGACAAGUUCGGCCGGUCUGUCCUGGAGCUAGCCGUGGACAGCGGGUCGCGCGAAGUGGCCGAGGUUCUGUUAGACCACGGCGCACCCAUCGGUGACGCGCUGCUGUACGCCAUCGACAGACAGGACGUCGGUGCCGUGGGGAUCCUGAAGGAGAGGGCGUUGACGGAGACCCUAGGUCGGACGUACGGUGUGGACUCUGAGGAUGGCAGCAGCGCCUUCCCCAGCUACAUGACUCCGGUCAUGCUAGCAGCCAUGAAGAACAACUACGAUAUCCUGGAGAUGCUGCUUCAAGCUGGCUUCCCUACACCUGCGCCAGACGACUACAAAUGGACAACAGACAUCAGCGAGUCCAUCGCUUGGCUGGACGCCUACCGUGCGGUGUGUAGUCCGUCCUACAUCCUCCUCACCAGCCCCGACCCGUUCCAUACGGCCUUCCGGACGGCCAAGGCUCUUCGGGACGUCCUUUGGAAGCGGGAACAGUACCGGCCUGAGCUGGAGCAGCUGGCGGACCAGUGUGAGACCUUCGCCUGUGAGUUACUGGACGAGGCACGCUCAACUAAAGAAGCCGAGACCAUCCUCGAGCACCUCUGCAGUCCAGAGCACUCUCCAUACAAAAAGCCCGUCUCUACUAUCCAGCUAGCUGUGGACCUCCAACUAAUGCAGGUAAGAUACUACUGACAGUCUCUAUCAGAACAAAUUUCCAUUGAUAACUCGAUCCCCCUUUCAGAGUGCUUCUAGUACUGAUUACAUUUUUGUAGAUCUCGAUAUUGAUAUUCCGGUAUACUUUUCGUGGAUGAAAGAUUCUUUGCCUCACGUUACUUUUAAUCUACCUUAGUGCAUUUAGCCCCCAAGGGGGCAUGAAUAUAGAAUAAACAACUUUGUUGUAAUCAC